AUCAUCAUAUUUUCAGCCAAAAAGAAGGGUGGAAGAUAAUCCCCUCAAAACCAACUUACCUCUCUCAACUUCCAACAGAGUUGAAGCUAUAGCAAAAAUGGCAGCCAUGGCUGCUCUUCAGAGCUCCUUUACCUCACUUUCUCUCUCCUCCAACUCUUUUCUUGGACAACGUGUCUUUCCUUCUUCAACAUUUCCUCAGGUUAAAACAGCAGAUCAUCCACCAUGUGUUAUUGUCAUGAGGCUCAAGCGGUGGGAGCGGAAGGAUUGUAAACCUAACAGUCUACCUAUACUUCAUAAAAUGCAUGUCAGGGUUGGAGAUACUGUGAAAGUAAUAUCUGGAGGAGAGAAAGGAAAGAUUGGUGAGAUCAGUAAGCUUUAUAAACACAACAGCACAGUGAUCAUCAAGGAUUUAAACUUGAAGACGAAGCAUGUGAAAAGCAAAGAAGAGGGUGAACAAGGUCAGAUAAUCAAGAUUGAGGGACCUAUACAUAGCUCAAAUGUCAUGUUGUACUCAAAGGAUAAAGAAGUCGCAAGUAGGGUGGGUCACAAAAUUCUCGAGGAUGGAAGAAAAGUUCGCUACCUCAUAAAAACAGGAGAGAUCGUAGACACUCCAGAAAGGUGGAAGGAAAUUCAGAGUAAGAAGGAAUCUGAAACAGCUCUUGCUGCUCCUGCUUCCUAGAAAGCGCUUCUCGAUUGAAGUCUUUUUGUGUAAAAUGUAUCCGGUCUUCUUUUUUUGCAGCUACUGCAAUAUGGUAGCUUAGCCAGAGAAUAGCCAUUGCUCAUCCUUUUUCUCUUUAAACAAACUAUUGCUAGUUGCCACAUUAAUCGAUGUAGUUAUAUGUGCUAUUUACCGAUGCUA